AUGGAACCAUCGUGUGGAUCGGGGCUACGUGGACCGACUACUCCAGAGCGCAGACAAUCAUUGGAUCCAUCACAAUCAAACAAUGCUACAGACCCAGUGCGAUCGAACUCGGGUGUCACGGUCGCCUCAAGUACUAUUGAAUUCGAAUCUGAAGAGCACUUCGACGCCUUACGCUCCGAUAAAGAUACCGAAAUGGACUUCGCGGUUAAGGACAACCCGUUUGCAUUCUCACCGGGUAUGCUGAACAAGCUUCUAAACCCGAAGUCCUUGGCAGCUUUCAAAGCGUUGGGUGGUCUAAGAGGGUUGGGGAAAGGAUUGAGAACUAGUCUUACUGCUGGUCUGUCGAUGGACGAACCAGAAAUAUCACAGCCCGCGAAAAGUCUCAUGUCAGAAGUGACCAGGUCUCUUCUACCACUCGCUAUAAAGGGUGUUACUCAAAAUGCAGUGGCAGAUACUGGAGCGCAAGAGAACGUCAUGUCUGGAUCGCUCGCCAAAAAGCUCAAGCUGCCAGUCCAUAAAGCUGGAGGAGGAAAUCACCAGUUUGUUAACGCCGUCGGAACGCGCAUGACUGCGAUAGGAUAUACUCAGGUCCCAUGCAUUUUCCAAGAUCAGUCUCAGCAAAUCGUGACCUCCCGAUUUUGGGUUUUCCCCAAGUUGAUUGUCCCAUUGGUGGUUGGCCGGAAGUUUCUUGAAAGCACUGAGACCCUUACUCGCUUUAAGCACCGCCUGCGGAACCUGGCCAUCUCCGCCGGCAUAUCUUUGAGAGUUCUCCACAUGGAGCUUCCCAGAUGGCGACUCAACUGCACGAUUGGCAGUUCACCGACCCUAGCAAACCCUGAUACAGGCUCAGAUCUUGGCUUGAUGUCCCUGUCGUUCGUACAGCAAAACGGCUUCAAGAUUGAACCAAAUCGACGCGAUCAGGAAUACAUUCAGUUUGCGGAUGGUUCUACACAGCGACUCAAAGGGGUGGUGUCGGUGCCUUUCUCGAUAGGACAGGGACAAUAUGGAAAUCGAGAUCACGAGUUUCACGUACUUGAUAGACUCACAUCGGAAGUCUUACUAGGAAACAGUACGCUCAGGGAAUUGGAUGUCUUCGACUCAUAUGGGCAUGAGCUGGUCGACGUUGAAGAGUACGAUGGAUUCUCCGAUUUUCACUUUAUCCGAUGGGUUCAGAGAAAUGGCGAAGGCGAUUUCCUAGACGUACCAUUUCACGAGUUCCAAUUUUCCUCAGUCCCCGCUGGAAUGACACCCUCUGCACCACAGCCAGCAAGGCAACCUUCAUCCAGAUUCAACUUUUUGAAAAUGAGACGCCGAAAGCCUCAGCAGGAAACGAUACUGACAAUUGCAGAGUCAGAAGCCCGCUCGCAAAGAUACUUACAGUUCAAAGAUAUUAGCGAACAGCGCCGAAGAACGCUAGAAGAAACACGGAUUUCAAGACUUGCUCCUCACGACCAGUCCUUAGCUGAACGUGCAGAGCAUGCUCUUCAAAACAAUUUCGAUCUUGAUCGAGCAGACUUCGUUGCGAGGCAUACUGCUGCGAUUGACCUACUGAAAUCCAGGUCGAGCUCUUCAGGGAUAUCUACACCGGGGCUCGUUGGGGCGCGGCAAGUCCUUGAUGCGACUCAUCAAGCUUAG